AUGCCGAGGAAGCUCUGGGAGCACCCAGACCCCCAGAAUACGGAAAUGUACAGGUUCAUGCAGGAUCUCAAUAGGAAACAUGGUCUGAAUCUCGAGACCUACCCCGACCUCUACCGCUGGUCCUGCGCCAACCGGUCCCGCUUCUGGGCCGAAGUCUUCGCCUACGCCAACCUCAUCCACACGGGGUCCUACACCACCGUCGUAGACGAAUCGGCCCCGAUCGACUCCAUCCCGCGCUGGUUCCGCGGCGUCCGCCUCAACUGGGCCGAAAACAUCCUCUACGCCCGCUCGUCCGCCGACCCCUCCCACCACCAUGGCACCGCCGGCAAGGAGGACGCCAAGACCGCCAUCACCGAGGUCCGCGAGGGGAACUCCGCCGUCAGGCACUGCUCGUGGGCCGGCCUGCGCCAGGCGACCGCCAGGCUGGCGGCCGCCAUGAAGGCACGCGGCGUCGCCAAGGGGGACCGCGUCGUGCUGGUCGGCGCCAACUCCAUCGAGACGUGUCUUGUCUUUUUGGCGGCGACGUGGUUGGGGGCCCUGUUUAGCAGCUCUUCGACGGAUAUGGGCGUGAGUGGUAUUUUGCAGAGGGCUGUACAGAUUAAUCCGAAGUUCAUAUUUUUCGACGAUGCGGCGCUUUACAAUGGCAAAGUCAUCGACUUGCGCGACAAGAUGGCCGCAGUCUCCCAAGACAUGAAGGACUGCGACCAAUUCAACGGCAUCAUCUCCAUCCAGCGCUUCGCAAAGCCUCACGACAUCUCCUCCGUUCCUCGCGCAGAGACAUGGGAGCACUUCCUCGCUUCGUCUCCCCCGUGCACCCCCCCUCCUCCGUUCGAGCAGUGCGACUUCCACGACCCGUUGCUCGUCUACUAUUCCUCCGGGACGACCGGGAUUCCCAAAGCCAUCGUCCACUCCGUCGGCACCAUCAUCAUCAGCCUGUUCAAAGAAGGCCGCCUCCACGAGGACGUCUCGCCCGAUUCCGUCGGCCUGCAGUACACCACGACAGGGUGGAUCAUGUACCUCGCCAACGUAGCGCAGCUCCUCUUCGGCGCCCGCACCGUCAUGUACGACGGCUCGCCCUUCCAGCCGGACCUGACCACCUUCGUCCGCAUCCUGGCCGAGCAGCGCGUCACCAAGCUGGGCACCAGCCCGCGCUGGAUGGCCGAGAUGGCGAAAAACAACCUGGCGCCGCGCGACCUCGCCGACUUGAGCAGUCUCCGCAUCGUCACCUCCACCGGCAUGGUGCUCUCCGACCAGCUCUUCCACUGGUUCUACGACGUCGGCUUCCCGCCCCGCGUCCACCUCGCCAACAUCUCCGGCGGCACCGACAUCGCCGGCUGCUUCGGCAUCCAGAACCCCCUCACCCCCGUCUACGUCGGCGGCACUCAGGGCCCCUCCCUCGGCGUCCCCAUCGCCAUCUACGACGCCCAGCGCCCCGACGACGGGGGGCCCGGCCGCCCCGUCCCCGACGGCGAACAUGGCGAACUCGUCGCCACCGCCGCGUUCCCCAACAUCCCCGCCUUCCUCUGGGGGGACCAGACGGAUCCCGUCGCGCCCACCGCGGCGAGGGCCUACACCGCGCCCCCGGGGUCGAAGUACCACGCCGCCUACUUCGCGCGCUUCGGCCACGUCUGGGCCCACGGCGACUUUUGCGUCGUGAACCCGGCCACGGGGGGCGUGGCGUUUCUGGGAAGGGCCGACGGCGUGCUGAACCCUUCGGGGGUGCGGUUCGGUAGCGCCGAGGUCUAUGCCGUCGUGGAGGGCUUCUUUGCCGACCGCGUGGCGGAUAGCCUUUGUGUCGGCCAGCGAAGGCCCGCGGAUGAGGACGAGAGCGUCAUGCUCUUCUUGCUCAUGAGGCCCGGGCAUGUGUUUGAUAGCAAGUUGGUGGCGGAGAUGCGGGAAGCUAUUGCCAGGGAGCUUACCAAGAGGCAUGUGCCCAAGUGGAUUUUUGAGACGCCCGAGAUUCCGACGACGGUGAACUUGAAGAAAGUCGAGUUGCCCGUCAAGCAGAUUGUGUCUGGCCGAAUCAUCAAGCCGAGCGGAACGCUUCUCAACCCCAAGAGUCUGGACUAUUACUACCAGUUCGCCAAGGUAGAGGACCUGGUGGCCGGGAAGGGGAAGCUGUAGAGCUCGAGGCCCUCUCGUUUCGUAGCAUCACAGAGCAUCUCUGCCUUGGUAAAUACGACCAAUACCUAGCCUCGAGCGAAGCGAUGGCUGUAUACCAUCAUGUAGAAGUCACACGCGAGGAUCCUCUGCCUCGAAAGGAGUAGGAACACAUCAAGUCGAUCCCGAGUGCUGUUGUUUCUCCUACAAGCCCGUACAGGCUUCCUACCAACUCCUAACGAUUAGGACAAAUGCAACCCUCCCUGCCCGUACCGGUAUGGAAUGAAUGC